AACCCGACUGGCAAAAAUAUUAACGAUCGAAACUUUUAAACGCAACGAACGCUCGCGGGGCUAACGGCUAGCAGCAACAACAAUUAAAACCGAAAACCGAACCAGCAGCGAAAGCAACAAAAGCCGCGCAUCGCAAAACGGUCUGAGUAAUAUACGGCCUUAGGAUCCCAUGAUGAUGAUGAUGGCCACCAGUGGCAGAAGCCGGGGACUUGCCUUCGUCACCUGGACGGUGUUCGCCUUGCUGCUGACGCAUGGCGGCGAUGUUGUGGAUGCCCGUCGUAACCAGGGCAACGGCAACCGCAAGACCUCCUCCUCCUCGUCGGGGUCCUCCUCCUCCAACUAUGGCCAUGUGACGCAGCCCAGCUACAACACCAACGGCCAUGCCGCCGGUGGCAAUUCGCAUGCCGAUGUCGCCAAGCUCAGCUAUCCGAACUACAACUCGCAACCCAAUCGUCCAGCGGCAGCGGGAGCUGGAGCUGGCACCGGUUCGGCUCCGCAGCCGGGCUGGAAUGUCCCCCAGGGACCGCCGCCUGCUUACUCCGCAUCCAAUCCCGUCGGCGGUGCUAGACCCAAUAUGCACGAAGCGCCGCCUGCCUAUCAUGCUCCCAAUUAUGGCGCCGCUCCUCCAAGUUAUGGUGCCGCCACCCAGAAUCAUGGCAAUCAGUAUUCGGGUGUACCAGCCGGUGCUACGUACUAUCCCGCAGCGGGCGGACAUGGAGGCGGUUAUCCCUCAAACCUGCCCGCUGGUGCUACCUAUUAUCCCUCGGCUGGACAUGUUCCCAUGGCUGGUGGCUAUCAUCCGGCCGCUGCUGCUCCACCGCCGGGUGCCACCUACUAUCAGGCGGGCUCUGCUUUGCCACCGGGCGCCACCUACUACUCGGCGCCGCCGCAGCAGUCCUCCUCCGGCCUGGGCUUCGGAACUGGCCUCCUGGCUGGUGGUUUGGGCGGCGCCCUGCUUGGCCACGCUCUCACACCCUCCGGUGGCAGCAGUUCUUCACCUGCCGCUGCAGCGCCCGCCGCAGCUGGCCAGGAUCGUAUUAUUAUCAUCAACAAUGGAGUACCGGUGAAUGCCACCGAUGGCACUACAGUGAUCAAUGCAGCAGGAGUGGCAGCGGCUCCUGGAGCAGCACCUGCUGCUCCGCCAGCUCCACCAAUGAACGGAACACAAGAGGCCCACCCUGCACCCAUGGCUCCCUUCAAUCCGGAGGCCUCAAACACAACCGGAACGGAUGCGGCUGCAGCUGCUCCUCCACCAGCGGGCGGCAUCAUUUGCGUGCCCACCAAGAUCAACGAAACGGAUCCCAAUGACAGCACCAAAAUGGUGGAGGUGGAGAAGAUUGCCUGCUAUCCGGCACCGCCGCCACCAGCGGCACCAGCUGGCGAGGGUCCAGCCCCCCUGGCGCCCAUGGCACCCGUACAGCCGGGCUCCCAGCAGGUUCAACAGGCCCCCGAUGUGGCAGCUCCAGUGCAGGCUUCGGUCAAAUCGAACCAGGUGACCAGUGGUCAGGAAAAACUGCGUGGUAGCAGCAUGCUGCUGCUGCCGCUGCUGCUGGCAGUGACUUCCCUGGUUAAGCGGGGCUUGGCUGGCCACUAAAGAGAACGGGAACGGGAAUAGGAACGUUCCAACCCUGAAUACCCCUUUUUAAAGCAACCCUCUCCCUCUUUGUAACCAACUGUACCCCCAGCUUUGGCCUUGGAAUGAAUGUUUGUGCUUGCGCUUGGCCCAAGAUCGAUAUUCCAGGGCGCUAAUUGGACAAAAAAAAAAAAUUGUUAAUUUAAGCCGUAACGUACCAUUCUCCAGAGCAGAGCAGGUCCCCCAUUCUAUAUUCUAUAUUCCCUAUUCCGUAUUUUAUAUAUAGUAUUCUUGUCCCCUCCCCCAACCAACACUCAGCCUUCAAUUGUGAUGUUUGCAAUGGGAAAUCCAAGGGGGAAACCGGACCCCACAACACUAUGUGAAUCUCGUCCCAGUGUGCGCUUGAAAGACAUUCGAAUAUCUAACUAUAUGUAUAACUAUAUAUACACUAUUUACUAAUAAUAGCCCUCCCCCACAGAACAAAAAAAAAACCCCAAAACGAUGUAAGUUUCUCACUCACUAAAAGUGUAUAUUUUUGCUAGAAUUGUUACUCGUAAUUGUAGCUUGUUUUUUUGUGUAAUUGUUAUAAGCUGAAACCCAUUUGUUGCACUUGCAAAUUGUUGAAAAAUAAAAGCUUCUCGCCUACACCCAGAGA